AUGACAACCACAGCGUCUCAAGGCUCCGACUUCUCCCACACCUCCCCCUCGCGAGCCCCAUCCCGGUCAUAUUCCACACGCUCCCGCCCCCCUCCCGUGCCAGUAUCCUCUUCUGGCGGCGCGGCUGCCCCGUCUUCCAACUCCAACUCCACGUACCAUCAUCAUCACCACUACCAAAACCAAGCUCAAGCCCAGGCUCAGAGCCAGAGCCAAAGCCAAACUCAACAGGCUCAACAGGCUCAGCAGCAGCAGCAGCAGCCUCGCCACCGUCGCCGCAGCUCCUCCUCGUCCCGCCCAGCUCAGGAGCCUCCGUCGGCUCAAAAUGACUACGACACUUCGCAUCUAGCCGCAUCCCAGUCCAAGCGCAGCUCCAGCCGAGAUCGCCCACCGCUCUCCUCUAAUAACAGAGCAGCAGACGCCUCUCGAUCCCAUCGCAGGAGCACCAGCAUCCGUUCCGCACACACUCGUCAAGGCCACUCCGAAAUGCCUCCCUCGGCCGUCGCCAACAAUGGCAGCGCUGCUGCUGCGUCGCACAGCGCUUCCCAUGGCGCCGCCGACGCGACUCACGCUUCAUCCAGCGCCAAACAAUCCAGGUCGCGCACCACCAUUCCCACGCAGUCUGGCAAGUGGAUCUUGGGUAAGACCAUCGGCGCUGGCAGCAUGGGCAAGGUGAAGUUGGCUCGCAAAGAAGAUGGGAGUGAACAGGUUGCCUGCAAAAUCAUCCCUCGUGGCUCUACCGACGAUGGCCACCAGAGUCGGGCGGAAAAGGAGCGCGCGGAUCAGUCCAAGGAGAUCCGAACGGCUCGCGAAGCUGCCAUUGUCACCCUUCUCCACCACCCUCACAUCUGCGGGAUGCGGGAUGUGGUCCGUACAAACUACCAUUGGUACAUGCUCUUUGAGUAUGUCAACGGCGGCCAAAUGCUCGACUACAUCAUCUCCCACGGCAAACUCAAGGAGAAGCAGGCCCGCAAAUUCAGUCGCCAGAUAGCCAGUGCUCUUGAUUACUGUCACCGGAACAGUAUCGUGCAUCGCGAUCUGAAAAUCGAAAACAUCCUCAUCAGCAAGACUGGCGACAUCAAAAUUAUCGAUUUUGGCUUGAGUAACUUGUUCUCGCCUCGCGGCCAUCUCAAGACCUUCUGCGGCAGUCUUUACUUCGCCGCUCCCGAGCUGCUGCAGGCAAGAGCAUAUACGGGGCCCGAAGUUGACGUGUGGAGUUUCGGUAUCGUCCUCUACGUUCUCGUUUGUGGUAAAGUGCCUUUCGACGAUCAGAGCAUGCCUGCUCUGCAUGCAAAGAUCAAGAAGGGACUCGUCGACUACCCAAGCUGGCUUUCAAAUGAAUGCAAGCACCUCAUGUCCCGAAUGCUGGUAACGGAUCCCAAGCAGCGAGCCACCAUGCAAGAAGUUAUGAACCACCCAUGGAUGGUUAAGGGAUUCAGUGGGCCUCCAGACAACUAUCUUCCAGUCCGCGAGCCGCUUACCGCAGACCUCGAGCCUGAAGUCAUUCAUGCCAUGCAAGGAUUCAACUUUGGUUCGCCCGAGACCAUUCGUGCUCAGCUUACAAAAGUCAUUGAGUCCGAAGACUACCAAGCGGCCGUCAAGGCGUACCAAAGAGAAAAGGAGUUGCCGCAGCCCACCAAAGACAGCGAGAAGAAGCGCGGCUUUGGCUUUGACUUUUACAAGAGAAGAAACUCCAACAGUCGCGACACCCUUAGCGGGCCUAGCUCUGAGGCAUUGCAAAUUGGCGCUGAUCCGCUCAACGCAUUCAACCCGCUUACCUCUAUCUACUAUCUCGUCAAAGAGAAGCAAGAUCGUGAACAUGCGGAGAUGAGUCCACCACCGACUACGUCACGCGACAAGGAAAAAGAAAAGGAGCGAGAAAGGGAACGAGAGCGCGAGCGCGAGCGAGAGCGUGAAAAGGAGAGGGAACGAGAGCGUGAAAAGGAGAAGGAGAAGGAGAAAGAACGCGAGCGUGAGCGUGAGCGUGAAAAACUACCAGAGGGCGUGCCAGAUUUGGCACCCCCGCAAGCAGCUCACACCAAUCCUGCAGCGUAUGAAAUGCCGGGUGAGAGACCUACAGGCGGGCGAACUCGACCCAGAGCUCGUACUCAUGGUGAAGAUGAUGCCCCGGAUCUGGUGAAGCAGCAGCAUGUCCCAAUACCACCCGAGACAAAGGCCGAUCAGCUACAGAAGAAAGAAGGCACCGCUGCCGGCCUACUGCGCCGCUUCAGCACUCGAAAGCGCAGGGAGCCUACGGAAAGGGAGAGAGACCGCUCUCACCCUCCUGUGGUGCAUGUUCACUCGCCACCUGAAGGUGCUCCUACAGCGCCUAGAAAGAGCUUCAGCAUCCGACGAGGACGGCGAGACCGUGACGACCAAGGCCGCAUUGCACUACCGUCUGGCGGCAGCCAGCCGCAGCAUAGCGAGCUUCUGAGCCCCCCGAUGUCUGCAGGCGGCGUUCGUGGAUCGCGGAAAUCAGGUCUCGGACGAUCGACCAGCGUUAACUCAGCAGACCUUCGUCGACGAGACAAUGGAAGCAUGUCAGCGAGAGAGCCACCCCUGACAGGCGGCUCGGAUCAAUCAGUUUCAGACGACCAGUCCUCAACGGUGCAAAGGGGCCAUGGGCAUUCGCAAUCGGUGGCAAUGAGAGCUAAAUCACUGGGACACGCGCGCCGUGAGAGCGUUCAGCAACGUCGACUUCGUAGAGAAGCUGCCCAGGAGUCUAAUGUGCCUGAAGAAACGGACUUGGAGCAGGAGCAAAGUGGCGUUUCCACUGAUAGAUUAGACAGCGCUGAGUUGGCCAAGCCUGUAUACCUCAAGGGUCUUUUCAGCGUUUCAACCACCUCCGGCAAGACGGUUCCGGCCAUUCGUACCGAUAUUCGAAGGGUCUUGAAGCAACUCAAUGUCGACUAUAUCGAAAUUCGAGGAGGCUUCAGCUGCAAGUACACACCAAGCAUCGACUUGAACCGGGUUCAUGAUACUCCCAGCAGCCCGCCAUCAAACACUCCGGGCCACCGCCGUCGCUUUAGCUUUGGUGGCCUCAUGCGAGGCGAGGACCGUGAUCGCGACGACAUCCCCCAGAUGGAACGAUCUCCCAUAACCCCAAGGACCCCGGGACGACAGGAUCGUGACCGCACCCGUGAUCACAGCUACUCCAAUUCCGAGGAAUCGGUGGAUAGCAUCCCCCGAAGGAGCGGAGGAGUCUCGAGACGCGUCCCCGGAGAGACGACAACGCAAGUACAGAGCGAUCUGGGAGGCAGCAUGGUGAUGGAGUUUGAGAUCUUUAUUGUCAAGGUUCCUCUGCUUUCUCUGCAUGGCAUCCAGUUCAAGAGAAUGACUGGAAACACGUGGCAGUACAAAAAUAUGGCGGAUCAGAUCCUCAAGGAGCUGAGGCUUUAA